CAUUCAUGUCAAAGCUGUCAUCGUAUCUCAUGUCAUCAGUCUAUCACGACUUUCGACUCGACGAAUUAUUCAAAAUAAAAUACUAUGUAUAACGUUAAUUUUAGUGUUUAGGCUAUAAACUGAAAUACAUUUUAAGAAUAAUGUAUAUUUAAAAGUAUAACUGUUUUUGUGACUAGUAUUUUCAAAUUAUUGAUGUGACAGUUCCAUUGUAUUCAAGGUUGGAAUUUUCGUAUCAUCAAACUAUCAUGUUGCCUUCGGUAGCCGCUAAGUGUUUCUAUAGGAAUCUAAGUAGACAUUCGAUUGAAAUAAAAUAUUUGCAUACGCUAUGUUUUGGUACUCCCAAAAUAUUACGACAUGACUUUUUCAUCGAAGGCAGAGAACUGGGAAGAUGUGUGAGCACUACAGCAUAUCUGUUUGAAACACCAAAAUCUAAAAGUGCCCCGAUUCUGGAGAAAGCUGCUCCAGAAGCAAAUACUGAGGAGAAAGUCAUAAAACAAAGUGUGACUGGCGACAUCAUAGUAAAAACGGAAUCUGAUGCAAAUAAAGUGGUAACUAAGGUGACAAUAGAGAAGAAUAAAUUACCAAUUAAAGAACUUCCAUCUCCUCCAGUUAAAAAACGCCUUCUGAUUGAUUUCUCUGCUUCAUACACUGAGCGUAACUUUAUUACCCCAAUGAGGGCUAUGACAGAAUACUUAUUGAAGCAAUCUGAUCUGGAAACACUGCCCAAAGUUUUAAGAAGAUCACCAUAUGAAUCAGAACCACCAAUAACAGUAUAUUAUCGCAAGGAUGUUGAAGCGAAGGCUUUUGAGGUAUGGGGAUCAAAAGAAGCUCUCGAUAAAGAACUCUUGAGAAGAGAGUUAGAUAGAAGAAGAUAUGAACAAGAUGUGUUUACGGUGAAAAGGCGACUAAGAAAUUACAGAAGGGAAAUGAGCCACAAGCGUCUUAAACAUGGAGUAGAAGAGCUAGGGUUGAGAACAAGAUCUGGAAGAGUUGUACUAACAGCAGUUGGAAUAAAUGGUUGCAACUUUCUGUUCAAACUCUGUGCUUGGUUUUAUACUGGGUCGCACAGUUUAUUCUCUGAAUGUAUUCACUCACUUGCGGAUACUGUCAACCAGCUGAUUCUUGCCUAUGGUAUACAUAAAUCAGUUCAAAUGGCAGAUCCAGCUCAUCCAUAUGGUUACACAAAUAUGCGAUACGUUUCGUCCCUAAUAUCUGGUGUUGGGAUAUUUUGUGUAGGAAGUGGUUUGUCUUUCUACCAUGGGGUUACAGGAAUACUCGAUCCUCAACCGCUUCAUGAUUUUUAUUGGGCCUAUUUCGUCCUCGGAGGCGCUGUCGUUUCUGAAGGUGCUACAUUAAUGGUAGCGCUUAAUUCGCUUCGUAAAGGCGCGAAGGAGGCUCACACGUCGUUAUACGAAUAUAUAAUGCGCAGUUCCGAUCCAUCGGUCAAUGUAGUACUGUUAGAAGACACAGCAGCCGUAGCGGGUGUGGUCAUGGCUUCAGGGUGCAUGGCCAUAUCGCAAUACACAGGGAACCCAAUAUUUGAUGCUCUUGGAAGCAUAUUGGUAGGAACCCUUCUCGGUGGGGUCGCGUCAUUUAUAAUCCUCACCAAUGUCGGAGCUCUUGUUGGAAGGUCAAUACCACAAGAACAAUUGGAUGAAAUCAAUAGCGUAUUGGAGCGUGAUUUUAUGAUAAGAGCCAUUCAUGACGUAAAAGGCAUUGACAUAGGUAGUAACCUAAUAAGAUAUAAGGCUGAAGUUGAUUUCGACGGCAGAGCUCUUACAAGGUCGUAUUUAGAGAAGCAUGAUUUAAAUGCUCUUAUAGAGGACAUGAAAAAAGUUGAAACAAUUGACGACGUGGAAGCAUUUUUGCUAAAACACGGUGAAAAUAUUGUGGAUAUGCUCGGAGGAGAGAUCGACAGGAUAGAAUUAAAAUUAAGGAAAAAGUUCCCGCAGAUUCGCCACUGUGAUUUAGAAAUACUGUAAAAAACUAGUUGUAUAUAAACGUUAUUGCAAAUUAGACAACUGCGUAGCGAACCUAGUCAAAAAGAGUUCACAGAUUGUAAAGAAAAAAUAAAAGUUUUGGAUAAAUCAUUUAAAUAUUUAGUAAUCUUAUUUCAAAUGAUAUUGUAAUAUAAUGUAGAGCUUGUAUUUUUGGCAACUAGGUACUUUUUGUUGAAUAUAUCAUAUUGUUAUGUGUACGAUGAACAAGAAUUAAAUGUAGAUUUACUGUUUAUAUUCCGAAGUGAGCGGCUUCUGUUUGUUAAGACGUUUUAUCUGAAACGCAAAUACAAAACACUUUCCUAAGCUAUCGCCAUAUUACCUUCACAGUUAAUGUUCGGUCGUAUAGUCUCUACAUAUAAUAUAUAUGACAACGCCAAGCUAUAAUUUAUCUUGAGUAACUAACUUAGAGGUAGUCCAAGAUUAGUUAGCAGAGCAUAAUAUUAAAAUAGAGUAAGCAGCAAUGGAUUUAUGUGUUGACCCAUUCGAUGUACCGUUUUCUUACGGUCGGUAUAAGUAAUUGUUUAGUUUCAACAGCGUAAACAAGAAAUUUGUCGAAUUAACUUUGGAGCUCGACGAUAUCAACGUGUAUGUUCUUACAUUAUCCAUUUAUUUGUGCUAACGCUAUAGUGUUAACGCGUAGAAGUAUAAGCCGCUUGAUGAUUUAUAUAAAAUGUUGAGCAAAAAUAAAUCCAAACAUUAAUAAAAAUACGCAAUUUAUAGUGUUGACUUAGAUUGGAAGACAUUCCAUAAGCUCUUUGUAAACUCGUAGUUGUUCUCCACUCUAUCGUGACAGUGUGCCUUGAUUUCUUAGUCUCAAAAUAGUUUCCUGAUUAAUUGUUGUAUUUCUCUGUGAUCUAGGAUUGUAUUUUAUGUAUGUAAUCUGUAUUGAUCUAAGUACUGUAUAGGCGUAAAAGUAAUUCUUAAGUCCCAUAAUUAUGUUCUGCGUUACUAUGUAAAUAAAUUGUUAUAAUAUUUA